AAGUAACGCGUAAGAAUAGGAUUCCCAUAUAAAUAUUUUUAGAAAAAAGACGUGUAAUUUAAUAUAGUAUUUUGAUUUUUAUAAAUUCAUAAAAAAAUUCUGAAUAAGUUUUCAAACUUCAGGUGAUCUCUGUGUUGAACAAAAUUGAACUACAAAGGCUCUGAUAAUUGAAUCUGAAUAUAAAAAUGGGGGACAAGAAUGAAAAUGCUGACAAAGGACUGUUUUCUAGUCUUGCUGGAUAUGCUAUAGGACAUCACCAUGGAGGCUAUGGGGCAUAUCCACCUCAAGGAUAUGGAUAUCCACCACAAGGUUACCCGCCUUCUGGCUAUCCUCCUCACGGUGGAUAUCCACCAGCAGGAUAUCCUCCUCACGGUGGAUACCCACCAGCAGGAUAUCCUCCACCUGGGGGAUAUCCUUCUGCAGGUUAUCCUCCCGCUUACUAUCCGGGUCCAUCAGCUCCACAUCAUGGGCAUGGCGUACCUCAUAUAGGUGGGGGAAUGCUAGCUGGUGGUGCAGCAGCAGCAGCUGCUGCAUAUGGGGCUCACCAUCUCAUGCAUAGUCGUCCUCAUGGCCAUUAUGGCCCUUUUGGCCAUCAUGGCAAGUUUAAGCACGGAAAAUUCAAGCACGGGAAGUUUGGCAAACAUGGCAUGUUUGGCAAACACAAGUUCAUGAGGCACAAGCGAUGGAAGUGAUCAUUCAUUGCCCAAAGUUACAAGAUUGCUGCUAUCGUUUCUUUGCUUGUUACUUUUCUGUUGACGAUGAAUUUCUGCUGCAUUUUGGGUGUCUAUUUACUGAUAUUAAUAUAUUAUCAUCACUCUCCAUAUGGUUUCGUGUAUAUAUAGUUUUCAUAUAAAGUUGAUGACGACUUUCUGCGUGGUGUCAUCCGUAUUAUUACACUUUUAAAGUCUGAUUUGUCAUCCAUUUGGAUUGGAGGACUGGAAAAAUGACUUUAGUUUUAUUAGUGAUCUUGCAUGGACCGAGAUGACUUAUUUUACAUUGUAUUUUUGUUUAAUCAUUGGAUUUGCAAGGUUAGACUUAUA